GUCGUUUUUUUUGUUGCUAACACCGACCGGUGAGCUACGGUUCACUUUACUCAGUCAAAACAGAAAUAGACUACGACGGUGAGGCAGCUGGACCGUAUUUUACGCGAUGGAUGGAGCCCUUCGAGUCGUGUUCCUGGCGUGUCUGAUGGUGUCGGAGGUUUCCGGCCUCCAGGUGAAUAUCCCUAAGGAUGUUUAUGAAUACGCAAGAGGAGACAAUAUCACACUGCCAUGCUCCUUUGAGUCCAAAAUCGCAGCGCCUGAGAUAGUGAUCGUCUCUUGGACAGUGGAGGGAACGCAGGCCAAUGCUAAGGAGACACUGAUCCUCACUUAUUACUAUGCCAAUGGAAAAGUAAAACUCGACAAAAAAUCAACUUAUGAAGGUCGAGUGUCGCUGGAUAUUGACCGGAAAUCUGGAAAGGCCGACCUGAAGCUUUCCUCGAUCACUCUGAAUGAUAACAAGGUGUUUCAGUGUCGUGUCCAGAUCCCAGGGGAUGAUGAGGGAAAACCUGCAGCUACUUCACGCUUAGUGGUGCUAGUUGCGCCGUCGACACCCAUCUGUAAGAUCGAGGGGAAGGCUGUUUAUGGGCAGGACAUCAAACUGACCUGCCACUCAGAAGAAGGUUCACCUCCACCUGUUUAUAAGUGGGAAAGCCGUGAUGUCCGUGACCUUCCCCGGAACCCGAACGGUCCGGUGACCAGAUCAGAGGAGAGUAACGGUGUGCUGUCACUCUUCAACAUCACCAGAGAAACUUCAGGAUAUUAUACCUGCACUUCAUCCAACAAGAUCCGCUCAGCCAAGUGCAACAUCACACUGUCGGUGAUGCCGCCAUCCAUGAACGUAGGCUCUACUGCUGGAAUUAUUGCUGGAGUCGUAAUCUUUCUGCUCAUCCUCGUCAUUGUCAUCUACUGCUGCUGUUGCCGGAAGAAGAAAGACAAGCACGAGGACUAUGCCAUGGGAGUCCGGGAAGAGAAAAGUAAUCACAGCGAAGCGGCUCGAAAUGGUGACAAACGUCACGCAGAUGAGGAUGAGGAAGCCCGUGUCAGAAUGACUUCUGAUGGCCACGAUCGAUAUGCAGAUGGGAGUGAGAGUGGGUACCGCGAGGAAGAUGGCGACCGCCGGCGGGACUACGACGACCGCCGUAGCGACUAUGAGGAUCGCAGGAGGGACUAUGACGACCGCCGUAGCGACUACGACGACCGCCGUAGCGACUACGACGACCGCCGCCGAGACUACGACGACCGCCGUAGCGACUAUGACGACCGCCGCAGAGACUACGACGACAAGCGUAGCGACUACGACGAUCGCAGAAGCGAUUACACAGACCGACGAGAUAAUUAUGCCGACCGUCAUGAGCGCUACGAUGAUGAGCGGCGUUAUGAUGAUGAGGAUGACCGCCGCACCAACAGUCGCUAUGAUGAGCCUUAUGAUGACCGCGACAGACCCCCAGUGCCCUCCAACAAGCCCAGAAGGAGAGACUAUGAAGAAUAAUAGUCAACUUGCUCAGGUAAUGUCAGACAGAUUUAGUGCUUUGCUCAUGGUACUGGGUGCUAAAUGUGUGACUCAUGUUUUGUCACUGGCCAACGGCCAUGUUGUGUAAAGAUCCAGAGAUUAUACAUUGAUUUUAAACAACAGAUGAGGCAAUUUUAAGAGACGACUGAGCCUCUUGACGGUUUUGACAACCAUUAGGUUUUUCUAUUUUCAUAAAUUUAUGACCUCAGGACCUCUUUAUAAAGAAGGAGAAUAGCCUCACUGCUUAAGAGACAAUGCUGUUAUCUCCGUAAUUUUAUGUGGUGUUUAUUUUAUUCGUGUGGGUGUUUUUCUAUUUUUCUUCAGUCUCUGUAUUCACGUUGAAAUAUUUCAUUGUAACAUACUUUUCAACCACUGUAUCUUACUCGAAUCAGCUUGAUUUAAAUUGUAAAACAAGCAAGAAUGAUGUGAUGAUUUGGCAUUUUCUUUGGGUUGUGUUAAUCUUGCUGUAUGGUGUGAUUUGACAUGUUAUUCAGCUUUUAAUGUACAUAUUCUGGUCUUUUUUUAGUACUUGCAUAUUACAGUCGUUGUGCAAUAUAUUGGUGUAUACUAGUACAAAAUUAAAACAAAUCUCUAGGAAAGUCUUUGGUAAGUGGUACAUGUAAUUCUCUUACAGGGGUAUUCACUGUUUGACUGUCUUUAUUUCUCUAUGUAUUGCAGUCUGUUCUCGCUGCCACAUGUAAGGCAAUGGGCCUUGUUACGCACGUUCACAUUAUCAUUGGUCCUGUGUUCGAAAAAUGGACUAAUAAAGACCACU